GAAUAGAUUUGGUGAACAAAAAGAGCCCGGCCCAAACGUGUGUUUUUACCGAAGGGUCUUAAAACCCUAGCCUCCCCCACUCGCUGCUUCUCUUCCCUUUCAAGGACGCUUGAUUUGCCUCUACCCCAGCAGUCGAGCAGUAACAGCACAACAACAAUGGGUAUUGAUUUGAAGGCCGGUGGAAAGAGUAAGAAGACUAAGAGAACAGCUCCAAAGUCCGAUGAUAUCUACCUCAAGCUCCUCGUCAAGUUGUACCGGUUUUUGGUGAGGAGGACAGGCAGCAAGUUCAAUGCGGUGAUACUGAAGAGACUCUUCAUGAGCAAGAUCAACAAGCCUCCUCUUUCUCUCUCUCGUUUGAUCACUUUCAUGAAGGGCAAGGAAGACAAGAUUGCCGUUGUUGUUGGGACUAUAACUGAUGAUAUUAGGGUUUAUGAGGUCCCUGCUCUCAAGGUUACUGCCUUGAGGUUCACCGAAACUGCUCGUGCUAGGAUUGAGAAGGCAGGUGGAGAAUGCUUGACUUUUGACCAACUUGCUCUUCGUGCUCCUCUUGGUCAGAACACGGUUCUCCUCAGAGGUCCCAAGAAUGCUCGUGAGGCUGUGAAACACUUUGGACCAGCUCCUGGUGUGCCACACAGCCACACAAAGCCCUACAUACGGUCAAAGGGAAGGAAAUUUGAGAAGGCUAGGGGUAAAAGGAAUAGCAAGGGAUUUAGGGUUUGAAUGCAGUACCUCAUGCAGAAAAUACAGAUCAGCCUUCCAAAUCCAAGGUGCAAUAUGCAAUUGGUUGUUUGAUCUCUUUUUUCCUUGUCUUCUCAUGUUGAACAAUUACAUUGUCUUUAGAAAGUUAAAAAGGUUUCAGUUUCUUUUCAAUAUUUUGAUCUAAGCAAAUGAUUUUGUUUGUCAACUGGUAAUUAAUGGUUUACUUCUGAAUUUCAGCAA